GCGCACCUGUCUUGCAAUGUUUGUCGCCGCCGCUGUCGGGUCGCCUUGCAGUAUAAAAGCAACGUCCAGGCCGUCUCUUGACCAGUCCAAUCCAAUACACGACUGCCUCUGCUCCUCUUCACUAUCCGCUCGACGACGAGGGACACGUCGGUGUCCGUCCCUGAUACAUCUAUUCGCGUCAACCCCGGACGCGACUUUUUUCCGGACCCAAUAUGAUCGCUACCACUCCGUGUGGUCGCGGGCACGGUCAAUCGGCUUCAGUCUCACAGCAACCAGCUGGCGACAGUACUGACGUUCGUUACAUCUCUGCUGCAGACCAUCCUUCUUCUCGUUCUUGGCAUUGCCUCCAUCUUCCGCGUCCCUAUGCGGCUCCUACUGCGACCACACCGGCGCCUAUCCACAUUGCUGCUGACGGCACCAAUGGUCCUCGGCUGAAGAUCUUCCCCCAGCUUAAUAUCAUGCCUUUCUCUUCCGUCAUCCUUUCUUUUCCCUCCGUCGUCAUCUACUCUGUCAUCGCUGCUUUCGCCUGGUUGAUAUCCCUCCUUUACCUCUAUGUUUUGUUGCUCGGGCUCUCGCACCUCGACAGUUUGCUGAUCCCCUUAAGCAAGCUAUCCCGGCUUGUCGCUGCCGAGGCCGUCGCCGACCAUGACCACCAUGCCGACGCCCUCGCUCUUCUGCACGGCACCUGGAAGAUGUACUUGACGUCGCUUGGGCGAGAUCUAGAAAUGGCAAGUGCGCUGUGUGCGGCGGUUCUCGCGUACGUCAUCCCCCUCAUGCUGCACGCCGUGUACGCCCAUGAUCGUAAUCGAUGCUGAUCGAAAAAUGAAACAUAUUUAGGCUCACGAUCGGCUUGCUCUCGAUCACAAGCAUCGCGGAAGAAGUCGUCACAAAGACAAUCGCUUUCAUGUGCCUGUUCGCGUGUGCUGCCGGUAUCGCGAUCUCGCUCAACAUGCGUCGGCACCUGAACAACGUUGCCCAAACCUGUGACGUUGUUAAAGACUGGGUCCGCGUGAGUGACCUGAAGGCAAUAUAG